UUGAACUGUAUCAGGAUGAACACCAACGCCAUCCUCGCCAAGAUGCAGUCCAGGAUGCAGAUGGCAAAAGAAAUCAGUGAUGAGGAGAAGUUGUACAGAUACGACGGGGUGUUGUACCCGCGCCUCAUGUGCCCCGAGGAUCAUUUAAAGGCUCUGGAGGGCAUCACGGCCCGCGAGGAUGACAUCAUGCUGGUGGCUUAUCCAAAAUGUGGUUUUAACUGGAUGGUCGGGGUUGUGAGGAAGAUCAUUGCAGAGGCCACGGGGAUGAAAACUGAAUCCAGGAUGCCACCACUGAUCGAAUUCUUUGGACCAGAUGUCAUCCAGGUCAUGGAUCAGACUCCCUCUCCGAGGUUACUGGGGACUCAUCUGCACCCCGACAACAUCCCUGCGUCCUUCUAUGCAAAGAAAACAAAGAUGCUGGUGAUCUUUAGGAACCCUAAAGACACUCUGGUCUCCUUCUAUCAUUUCUCCAACAACAACCCGGUCCUCCCAUCUGGACAGUCCUGGGAAUCCUUUUACUCCAACUUCCUGUCUGGAGACGUUCCAUGGGGGUCAUACUUUGACCACGCGUUGGCCUGGGAGAAGAAGAUGGACGAUCCCAACAUCAUGAUCGUCACCUAUGAGGAGCUAAAACAGGACCUGAGCGACGGCGUCCGUCAGAUCUCCAGUUUCUUUGGCUUCAGCCUGACGGAGGCUCAGGUGCAGCGGAUAUCAGAGGGGAGCACCUUCACCGCCAUGAAGCAGAGCUCAGCCAACUCCCACGGCACUCUGGGAAACGUCAUCUUCAGGAAAGGUGAGGUCGGAGACUGGAGGAACCAUUUUACACCAGAACAGAGCCAAGAGAUGGACGAGGCCUUCAACAAACACCUGGCAGGAACCAGGCUGGGAGCCAAACUCAACUAUCAACUCCACUGUCAGUAGGAAGCAAGGAAGCAAGGAUGGAAGAAGAGGAAGGAAGAGAAGGAGGGAGGGAGGGAACGUACUUGGGGGGGACUUUUCUGCCCUGAGCUGAGUCUGGCAGGCCUCCUCCUCCCCUUCCCCUGGUUUGAACUGUAACAACAAUUAUUGCAUCAACUGUCUUUAAUCCAAAGCAUCUAACUGUUAGAGGAGGUUGUUGCAGGGUAGUACAGUUCAUGCCUGGGAGGCUCAGUUCAGGGUGAAAAGUCCCUUUGCAGUACACUCAAGGAAGAAAAGAAGGGAUGGAAUGAAGAAAAAGAGCAAACUAGAAGGGAAAAAGUGCAUUAUGGUUUACUCUUGUUUACUCCAAUCUGUGAACUUUUGUUGCUGUACACAACAAAAAAAACAUUAAACACCUCAUCGGCGGCCAUA